AUGGCCGAGAAAGAAGCUACUGUGUACAUUGUGGAUGUCGGGAGGUCAAUGGGAGAGUGUCGAAAUGGCCGCUCCAUUACCGACCUUGAGUGGGCCAUGCAAUACGUUUGGGAUCGCAUCACCACCACAGUCUCCACAGGUCGUAAGACAGCUACGAUAGGAGUGCUUGCUUUACGGUCUGAUGAUACUUUUAAUGAACUUUCGGCAGACGAUAGUUUCGAACAUAUUUCCGUUCUUUUCAAUAUUGGACAGGUUCUUAUGCCUGACAUUCGAAGACUGCGAGAUGCAAUCAAACCCAGUCAUACCUACAAGGGCGAUGCUUUCUCUUCCCUUGUUGUUGCCAUUCAAAUGAUCAGCACUUAUUGCAAGAAGCUCAAGUACAAGCGAGAGAUUGUGCUGGUCACGAAUGGUACAGGUUUGAUCAACAGCGAGGACCUGGAGCCAAUCAAGGACAAGGUCAAAGAAGAUAAUAUCAAGCUGACUGUUCUUGGGCCUGAUUUCGAUGAUCCGGAUUGGGGAGUGAAAGAAGAAGACAAGGGCGAGAGAAAGGCUGCAAAUGAAAAGCUGCUUCGGGACUUUGUCGAAGACUGUCCCAAUGGCGCAUUCGGCACCCUUGAUCAAGCUGUCUCCCAAUUGGACAUACCUCGUCCGAAAGAGACAAGAAGCAUGCCAUCCUUUAAAGGUUUCCUCUCGCUUGGUGAUGCGGAGAAAUAUGAAACGGCACUCCGCAUCCCUGUCGAACGAUACUUCAGAACUUAUAGUGCCAAGCCUCCAACUGCCAGCUCCUUUGUCGUGCGAGGUGGCGAUGAGCCAAGACAAGGAGAUGCAGGACCCGCUUCCACUCCAGCUGAUAAACUUAAAUCUCUUACCAGUGAAGGCAAAAGAGAUGCAAUGGCCGCUGUCCGAACUUCACGAACAUAUCAGAUUGAUGACGAGUCUGUCCCUGGGGGCAAAGCCGAUGUGGAGCGCGAUGACCUUGCCAAAGGAUAUGAGUAUGGACGCACUGCUGUGCAUAUCAGCCAGACAGACGAGAAUAUUACGACACUGGAAACCUUUGCGGGCCUCGAGCUCAUUGGUUUCAUUGCAGAUGACAAGUACGAUCGAUACCUGCACAUGUCAAACGUCAACGUUAUCAUCCCACAGAAAGCUCACGAUAAAGCAACCCUCGCAUUGUCAUCGCUGAUUCAUGCGCUCUGGGAGUCAGAUAGCUAUGCCAUUGCUCGACUGGUCACCAAAGAGACCAAGCCGCCCCUCAUCGUACUUCUCGCUCCAUCAAUUGAAUCUGAUUAUGAAUGUCUUCUGGAAGUUCAGCUUCCAUUCGCAGAGGAUGUGCGAUCAUAUCGAUUCCCUCCCUUGGACAAGGUUGUCACCGUGUCCGGAAAGAUUGUCACUGAGCAUCGCAAUCUCCCAAGCACUAGCUUGCAGGAGGCAAUGGAUGAGUAUGUGGACAGCAUGGAGUUGGACUUGAAGGAUGAUGAUGGAGAUCUAAUCGAAGGACUCCCAAUUGAGCACUCUUUCUCCCCACUGCUACAUCGAAUCGAAGCUGCAGUACGAUGGCGCGCCGUGCAUCCCGAUGAUCCUAUCCAGAACGUAUCAGAGCAGUUAACCAGAUUCUCCCAUCCUGACGAAGACCUGGUAAACAAGUCCAAAAAGCAACUAGAGAAACUCAUCUCCGUCGCAGAUGUCAAGAAAGUUCCACCCAAGACAAAAGGCCGCAAACGAAACCGCGAAACCGAAAAGCCCCUCUCCGGCCUCGACGUCGACGCCCUCCUAAACCAAGAACCCAAGCGCGCGAAAAUCUCCCCAGAAAACGCCAUCCCCGAAUUUAAGCAGCUGCUUUCCCGUGCCGAUAACGUCGAGGCUAUUCUUGAUGCCGUCAAGCAGAUGGGCACCAUUAUCGAGAACCAGAUUAAGCAUAGUCUGGGCGAUGCUAACUAUGAUCGUGUCGUGGAGGAAUUGGUUACUAUUCGUGAGGAGUUGGUUGAAUACGAAGAGCCGGGGGCUUAUAAUGAGCUUUUGCGCAGUCUGAAGGGCAAGAUUCUCGGUGAGGAGCUUGGGGGCGAUCGGAAAGAGUUGUGGUGGCUCCUGAGGAAGAGUAGAUUGGGACUUAUUGAUCGGAAUGCCUCUGAGAUGUCUGAGGUUACGGAGGAUGAAGCGAAUGAGUUCUUGUCUGCUGCCUAA